UGUUUGUGUUUAUGCCCUUGAUUUUAUACUGUAUUAUUCAGAAGAACAGAAAAGCACUGAUAUUGUAGAUUUUAUGCCACUCUGUUUUCUCAGAGAGGAUAUUUCUGUUUUGAAAUUCAUUUUAUUGGAAAAUUUUAGUCAGUCCUAUAAGUUAGAACCAGUUCUCUUUACUCUUUCAUUUCACCUUGAGUCAGAUUAAAAAUUCUGCCCAUGGCCACUUGGUAAAUGUGUUUGUGUGUUUUUCAGGCACCAUUGACAUUUACAGAUGUGGCCAUGGAAUUUACUCUGGAGGAGUGGCAAUGCCUGGACACUGCACAGCAAAAUUUAUAUAAAAAUGUGAUGUUAGAGAACUACAGAAACCUGGUCUUCCUGGGUAUUAUUGUCUCUAAGCAAGACCUAAUUACCUUUCUGGAGAAAGAAAAAGAGCCCUGGAAUAUGAAGCAACAUGAGAUGGUGGAUGAAGCCCCAGGUUUCUGGAAGAAUAGGACCUCUCCCAGAGUAUGGCUGGAAGAUGUUUGGGAUGAUUACAGAGUAAGCAGAAUUCUCAGUGGGACCAAAUCAGGAGAAACACUUUUGUGAUUUGAAGAUAUUCUUUCUGGUGCCUUGGGGAUUACAUAAAACUUAAAAGAUACAGCUAUAUAUUUUAAUCUGGUAAAAAAUUAACUCAAGUUGCAUACAAAAAUUCUUCCUCAUUGUAUUUGCUUGCAAAUUUGUUAUUGAUGCAGCUAAUUAUAUCUUUUUAUGUUGUAUAUUCAUUAAUAUAUGUUUGUAAUAAUUUCUAUGCAUUUAUCUUUCAACUUUUAGAGAAAAAUUAAAAAUGUUUUCUGCACCAUUA